AAACCCGGUCACGCUAACAUAGAUUGAGUCAUUUAUAGUUUAAACAUUAAACACCAACCGUGUUUGUCGGUCCCCAACAACACUGCACCAUGCUAGACAUCCAAGGCUACCUUGUGCUGUUCUUGCUAUGGUUCGUAUCAAUCAUUUUGAUCAAAUCCAUCUUAAAAAAAUCGCAAUGCUUGAGACUCCCCCCUGGCCCUCCAAUUUCGUUUCCACUCGUUGGACACGCACCUUAUCUCCGUUCUCUCCUUCACCAAGCACUCUACAAACUCUCCCUGCGCCAUGGCCCUUUGAUCCACGUGAUGAUCGGGUCCAAGCACGUGGUUGUGGCAUCAUCAGCGGAAUCCGCGAAGCAGAUCCUCAAAACCUCCGAAGAGGCCUUCUGCAAUCGCCCGCUGAUGAUUGCGAGCGAGAGCCUCACGUACGGCGCCGCCGAUUACUUUUUCAUCCCGUACGGAACCUACUGGCGGUUUCUCAAGAAGCUCUGCAUGACAGAGCUUCUUAGUGGGAAGACUCUCGAACACUUUGUGAGUAUUCGAGAGAGUGAAAUUGAGGCCUUCUUGAGGACCAUUUUGCAGAUUUCGACCGCCGGAAAGGCGGUCGAAAUGCGGCCGGAGCUCAUAAGGCACACAAACAACAUCAUCACGAGGAUGAUUAUGGGUAAGAAGAGCAAUGGUGGUGACGACGAGGUGGCGCAGCUGAGGAAGGUAGUGAGGGAGGUGGGAGAGUUGCUUGGGGCGUUUAAUUUGGGGGAUGUGUUUGGGUUCAUGAGGCCUUUCGAUCUGCAAGGGUUUGGGAAGAAGAACAUGGACACGCACCACAGGGUGGAUAUGAUGAUGGAGAAGGUGUUGAAGGAGCAUGAAGAGGCUAGGGCAAAGGAGGGUAAGCAUAGUGAUAGGAAGAAGGACCUUUUUGAUAUUUUGUUGGACCUUAUUGAAGUUGAGGGCACGGACAAUAAACUCACCAGAGAGAGUGCUAAAGCCUUUGCCCUUGUAUGUGUUUUUUUUUUUUUUUUUUUUUUUUAAUUUAUUUUUAUUAUU